AUGUCGCUGAAGCCCGCGCCCAUCGCGCAGAACCCGUACUUCUAUCCGACUGGAAACACGCCGGCUGUGUGCUUGACUGAUACGCUCGCGCCGGAUGUUGAUGCGAAUGUGCUCUUGCUGGGAUGCGGUGACAUUCGCAAUGUUCUUUUCACCACAUUUAGCGGCGCGGCUUCAGAUCGAAAGCUCGACUUCACCUGCUGUGACCUCGAAGCAGAGAUUAUCGCGCGAAAUGCAGUCGCUCUGACCUUGAUCGCCAAUGAUGCGGAAGGCUCUCACUUUCAGCAGGUUUGGAACAUCUACUACCAUGUCUUUAUUGAUGAUGAGUCUAUGCAAACGCUGCAAGCGCACGUCAAGAGCCUCCUCCGCCAUGCUCAAUCGCUGGAAACCUGGAAGCAAGGUCCGCAUGCCUCGUUGAUCCGCUUCUGCGAUGAAACCACCUUUGAAGCUGUCGUCAAGCUUUGGAAGCUGUAUGCUGCCGACUCAGCAUCCGGCAAAGACUAUAACAUUGUCCAGACCCGGCUGAAGGAUCAAUGGAAGACAGCUCAACGCCACCAAAUCGACAAAGUGGGCGAUGGUGUAGUUUUAGACGGCGUGCGUGCAGCUGCGCCUGCGCUGUCUGAAGCCUUUGAUGAUGUGAGCAAGCUAUACCGUACCUUCUGGAGCACAGGCACCUGCUUGAACGGCAAGGCUGCUACCAAACUCAGUAUCGCCAACCCCAUGUUUGGGUGUCUUCGCAGCAAUCUCUUGCUCCACUACGGUCAGAGCCCACUCACCGGUUUCCAUCUUGCACCCGCCUACACACAGCUGGCAACGAACUCUCCUUUGACAGCUAAACUAGCUCAAAAGAUAUGGCCCACCAGCCCAAAGGCGUUGCAAGUAGCGUUUGAGCAAUUUGUCGCGUGGAUUACUGCCUUCCGUCAAAACAUGGAUCGUGUCACCGUUCGCUUUGUCAACGCAGAUGCCCUCGCAUUCAGCUACGUGCUCCGGAACCAACAGGCAAACGGAAAAGCUGAGGACCCGCAUUGGUAUCGUAGCCCUUGGACCUUUGAGCGCCUUGUUCUCAGCGAGGCAGAGUACACUGCGCCAUGCUCUGCUCCGGUGAUAUUCAAUGUCAUCGACACCUCUAACUUGAUGGACCAUCUUGGAAGCAUCAAUCUGCUCGCAGCCGUAGCGCCACUUCUUGAGCGUACGAAAGCGUCAACCAUACGCACUGAGAUGAUGGUGCCGCGAGAGGCCAGUGUUGCAGAGUCCACGAAGGUGCUUCUUUGCGGCGACCUUUCUACAAUGGCCUCACUCUUUGGGCUGAAGCCGAUUCAGUACUGGACAAAUGCUACAGCCACUUGGAGUAUAAGCCAAGCCAUGCUCAGAGAUGUGCCCAAGCUUAAGCAUCUUUUUGGUAUUCUGUCUCGUCCGAUAAUUCUCUGGAAGCCUCUCGAUAUCUCGAGAGUCCGCUACGAUGCCAAAGAGCUUGCUCGUUUCCUGUACAACGUCUAUCUGAACAUGCAUUCCGAUGAAAGCUGGGCGGGCCGGUUCUCGGUACUUGGUCUCAUGGAUCGCGAACUAAUGCAGAAGAAGAUGCAAGCCUUCGAUCUGUACACACGAGCCGGUUUGACAGCUUUGCUGCGAUGUAUCAAGGACCUAGACCUCGUCGACUGGCCUCAGUUUGUCAAAGAGCUUGUUGCAGGCUUUAUCCUGAAUGACGGCAAUCUGAAUAUGGGCCCUCACCACUUUCAAUCUCUCUGCGUCAACCUUGAGAUAUUUUCCAUAGCUCAGGUGGAUCAGAUAUUCGAUUGGUGGAACCCUCGUUCCUUUCUUGCAGAUCUGCAAGGACCUUUCGAGUGUUGGAACAACAUACCCUCUGUCGUCUGCGUCACUCUGGUAGUUCCUCACAACGCCAUCACAAUGUUCAGUGAUGUGAAAAAAGGGAAUGGGACCCCUCUGUGCCAGAUACAGAUUCAGUCCUCUCGUUCUAACAAGGAGGCCUUCUAUCCUGACAUCCAAUUAGGCUUCGGCACUGUCCAGACGUCAGGCAAACCGUUCAGCAAUCAAUACAACGUGGCCAUUGCUGCGGACUCAGAGGGUUGGAAAGGGACGUCGCCCCUUGUUGUCUCGGCGAUGGUUUCUACUGCCUCCCUCGUGGAGUAUGGGGAUACUGCGGCUCACGUAACCUUCGCGCUCAAAAGUACCCCGUCAACCGCGGGGCAUUUCACGUCAAGACUGGGAUUGCUACUGCACCUUCACCGAUCAAGGGUUGGAAGGAAGGAUGUUUACAUCACGCGUUACCGCCCGAGCACAACCAGUGACCUCAUGGUUGGCUUUACGCCUCCACCAGAACGAUCCCUCAUUGAGCCUGGAGUCGCCAUCAUCAAGCCUUCCUUAACUGCGACCCACGUUACCUCCGUGCAGGUGCAGUAUCAUGUUACGUCCGAAGCUGCGAAAAGCCUCUUGCAGAACGCUGCAGUGGUUGCGGUGGAGCAACCGGGGCCCUUUGAACUGGAGCUAAACAUGGGUUCGAAACUGGAAGAGCGUCUCGAAGUACCGUUUCCACUCGACACUACCGCCUCCAAGACUAGAAUCUCUCGAAAGCAAUGCUGGGUCGAGUUUACAGCUCCUGUUGCGGACAUCAAUUUCAUCGCCAAGCGAGCAGACGCCGUGUUUCCAGUUCAUGUGCAAAGGGAAGCGCCGUCGCUUGAACAUCUCGCAUACGUGGAUCCAGAUCCUUUACCCAUGCUUCGGCUCGACACUGCUAGCUGGCUCGUCAUGCACACAUCAUACGCAGCUACCAUGUCAGGUUACGAAGUCAGACAGUAUGAAAAAGCUAAGGCAGACGAUGCGCUCGCCAUGCCUGGUCGUUUGGGGGUCAAAGAAAGCUUGCAUAGCAUGUGUAUGCAUAUGACUGGACUGUGUGGGCUUGCCAAGUCGAGCCGGUUCUGCUUGACAUCCUCCACAAGCCCUGUCUGCAUCAUCCUGGUCGACUGUAUCCGCAUGGAUCUUUCACACCAGACCGUCUUCCUCGACGCUGCUCUCCUUUCCCCUCUGCCGGCCGCGGGCAACGGAAGUGCAGAUCUGACGUCUGCACUAGCUGAACUCAAGGACCUCGUCUGCAUCACCAUCAACGACGACGAGACGCUGUUUUGGAAACACCUCCUCCCAGCCUUCGCUGAGCGAUGCCGCCAGUGGAAGCACAAGGAUACGUGCGAGUAUCAGGCUACCCGCAGCAUCCCCGUCUCCACGGACAACAAUAAGCCACUCGUCUGCAGCUGCGGCGUCGGCAUCUUCCCAGCCGACUAUCUCAAGAGCACCGCCCCUUUCAAGAUCCUCGCUAACCUCGCCGUCCGCAUCGCCAUUCCUGUCAUCUUCGCGUCGCCCAUCAGCAAAGACGACGUUGGCCCUGUCGAUGUGAAGGCCUCUCACCGGUCUCCUGCCACCCGUACGCGCACUCAAGACGCGAAGCCGGAGAAGCGCGGGUGCCUGAAGUGCGGCGCUGCGACUACGAAGGCUGGCAACAAGUUGCUGAAGUGCGCGAAGUGCAAGACGGCACAGUACUGCUCGCCAGACUGUCAGAAGAGGGACUGGAAGAAGCAUAGGCAGGCGUGCAAGCAGAUGCAGGAGGAUGGUGUGGGGGAUGAUGCGGCGUAA